AUGCCUAUCACCGGCGUCUACUUCAUCCCCUCAAUGCCAAAUUCCUCAACGGCCCUACCAGCAGUAACAGAGCGUCUCCGCGCCGCCUUCACAGACGAAGAACUAACCCCAAUCGGCCGCUGGGGCCUAGAACAAAAACUAUUCCGCGAUACCCCAGGCCUCGUCCCAGCAUCAGCAAAUUCAAACAAAAAGCCCUCAAACCCGCGGUACAUGCAAUUCCUCUCACUAACCCACUACCCAACUCACGGCUUCAUCUAUACCUCCGAGCCAGCAGACCAGCCAGCAACUGCAACCGCCAAUGCAACACCCGCCUCAACACAGAGUCCAGCGGGCGCACCAGCAACAGCCACCCCAAACCAAAGCCAAAAUGGAAUCACAAACCCAAACUCAACACAAACACCCGACUCCCCCCAAAUGAUAAUGACAACUAUCCCCCCAUCCUCCUACACAUCCCUCUUCCAGCACUUCACCUACGCCUGCCAACCCUUCUGGUGCCACCGCCUGACAGUAACCGUCCCGAACGGGAUAGUCUACGACGUAGGCGAUUUCCGCGUGCGACUCGGCGACGUGCGGCAGACGUUCCCGACGGCGCGUGUGCGUGGGACUGUUGUUGAGAUUGAAUGGCGGGGUCCGUCUGUUGUUGAGUCUUUACCUGUUGGCCAGGGCCAGGGCGAGAACCACGGCGGUGGUGUUGGUGUUGAUGAUGGUUCUUCGCUGAAUGAUUCAGGUGUUGAGUUCUCUUUUGAUGCGAUUGAGGAGUCGGAUAUUGAGGCGGAGUAUUUGGCUACUGCGCAGCUUAUUCGGGAGUUUUGGGGUAGGCUUGGGGUUGAGGCUAAGGAGGCUAUUCUUGUUCCUGGGCUUGGGAAGGAGAUUUUGGAGAGCUUGAGGAGGUUGAAGGGGGGUAAAUCGUCGCGGAAGGAGGGUUUGUCUGGGUUUGGGAUGGAUGGGAGGAUUGGUGAGGUUGUUGGUUCUGAGCGGUUUGAGGAGGAUCUGGAUCCUUCUGCUGGGACGGAUGUUGCUAGGCAGUUUAUGGAGGUUUUGCGGUUUAAUCGGUAG